AGCAGCUGUUUUGCUCUUCUUAUUGCCUUUGUUUUCUCACAAAAAACAACAGCAACAAUUUUCUUCUUCUAAUCACCAUCAACGCCAUGGAAUGUAAAGACACACUUGCACUAGUUUCUCCCUUCUCAUCCUCUCCGUCUCCUUCCAAUUCUUCCCAAAAUCCUCUUCAAUCUUCUCCAAGCUUCCCUUCUUCUUCACAAUCAUCUCCACCCUCUCCUCCGCCCAUUGUUCUCAGCCCUUGCGCCGCCUGCAAAAUCCUUCGCCGCCGUUGCGUCGAAAAGUGUGUUUUAGCUCCGUAUUUUCCUCCAACUGAACCGUACAAGUUCACCAUUGCUCACAGAGUCUUCGGAGCCAGUAAUAUCAUCAAGUUCUUGCAGGAUCUUCCGGAGUCUCAAAGGGCGGAUGCAGUGAGCAGUAUGGUGUACGAGGCGAAUGCGAGGAUUCGCGAUCCAGUGUACGGUUGCGCAGGGGCAAUUUGUCAACUUCAGAAGCAAAUCGGAGAGCUGCAAGCGCAGCUCGCCAAGGCUCAAGCGGAACUUGUGACGACGCAAUGCCAGCAGCGCAACUUGAUCGCGCUGAUUUGCAUGGAAAUGGCGCAAUCUCAAGAACCCAUAUUGCAGCAGCAGCAGCAGCAACAGCACCAACAACUACAACUACAACAACAGCAACAACAAUUGGUCGACACAAGCUGCUUUCUCGAUGACAACAGUUUUGGCUCCGCCUGGGAACCUCUUUGGACAUGAUCGAAAGAGAAAACCAUCCUCAAUGCGUUAAAUUUUAACUUAUUCCAAGAACUAAGAGUGUGGAAUAUUUACAUAUAAAAGCAAGAAAUAUUGUAAUAUCACUUACAGAUUAGCAAAAACAGAAAUGAAAAGCGGAAGAGAGAGAGAGAGAGGGAAAGAGAAAAGCAGGAUCAUGGUUGUCCUUAUCCAGAGAAUGUGCUAAUUGAUAUUGAAUCAAAGCUCUAUUGGGUGACCUAAUUUUAUCUUCUAAAAUGGUUUUUCUA